AAGAAAUGAAAAAUUCGAGCAACCUAUGACAAAAUGGAAACCAGCAGGAGCGUGAGGAGACCUGAAAGUGGCACAUGGCAGAGUGGGAGCAAUGGGAGGCGGUACAGGGACCCAGGUCACACUGUGGGCCCAGCAGCAGCCAUGAGGAGUCGGUACGGGGGCCCAUGGCAGAUUACAUGUCUGGCAGCAGCAAUGGGAGGCCCGUAAUCUGCCAGCACCCUAUGUCAAAAAAUUUAAACACACCAGCAGUGUGAAGAGACCUGAAAGUGGCACAUGGCAGCAGAGUGUGGCGAUGGAGACAGCAGCAAUGGGAGGCCGUACAGGGACCCAUGAGAGACUCUGGACUUGGCAGCAGCAUGA